AUGGCGGCAGGGUACGCCAUGGCGCUCUCCAACAACCACAUCUGCCCCGUGCAUAACUGGAACUACAACCAGUCGUGUGGCAUGGACGGCCCCGGCUUGUGCUGCACGCUGGAUCACAUCCCCCUGGUGAGCAAGUGUGGCACCCUGCCCCCCGAGAGCUGCUUCUUCAGCCUCAUCUGCAGCCUGGGCUCCUUCAUGGUGAUCCUGGUGGGGCUGCUGCGGUACGCGCAUGUCCUGGAGUGCUGCGGGCCCUCRCUGCUCAACACGCUGGGGCUGGCCACCGGCUGGGUCUGCGCUGCCGGCCUCACCAUGGUYGGCAACUUCCAGGUGGAUCAUGCCAAGGUGCUGCACUACAUCGGCGCUGGCGUGGCCUUCCCCACCAGCAUGCUCUUCGUGUUCCUCCAGUCCAUCCUCACCUACCGCAUGGCCAAAACUCGCGGGCACUACUGGACCGGACACUUGCGUAGCAUCCUCACAGCCAUGGCCUUCAUCACCCUCGUCUUCAGUGGUGUCUUCUUCAUCCAGGAGAGCUUCGUGCUGCAGCACGUGGCUGCCCUGUGCGAGUGGAUGUUCAUCAUCGACGUCCUGGUCUUCUACGGCACCUUCACCUUUGAGUUUGGGGCCAUCUCCACGGACACCUUCCUGGUCCUCCUGAAAGCCAGCCGGGCCCCCAAGAGUUACAAAGCCGAGAGCAGCGCGUCCAGCACGGCCCACAUCCACAGCCACGCGGAGGGCCUGGCCAUGAUCUGACCCCGCGGGUGGGACRCAGCAGGGACCAGACGAUGGGACAGUGCAAGCGAUUCCCCUGCCUCGCAGGGCU